AUGAAGCUUACAGGAAACAACUGCAAAAUGAUUCCUGAGCUGGUAGAAAUGCUUUGCAGCGAGAGCCAUGGAGCUCAGUCUGCUGAGCUCCGCAGAGUGUGUCGAGACUUUGCUGUUCUGGAAGAUCAUACCUUGGCCCAUAACUUACAGGAGCAAGAGAUUGAGCAUCACUUGGCAACAAACGUUCAGCGUAAUCGUCUGGUGCAACAUGACUUGCAGGUGGCCAAGCAACUGCAAGAAGAGGAGGAUCUGAAAGCACGUGCUCAAAUCCAGAAACACCGAAAAGACUUAGAACGACAGGACUGUGAGAUCGCUCAGGAAAUCCAAGUGAAGCUGGUAUUUGAAGCAGAGCAGCGCCGCAGGCAAGAGGAAAAAGACGAGGACAUUGCCCGCCUCCUACAGCAGAAAGAACUGCAGGAAGAAAAAAAGCGCAAGAAGCACUACCCAGAAUCCCAGGGACACACAGUUUAUGAAGAUAGCUAUUAUGCAGAAAAUGGAGGCACUAAGUUGAGCGGGAUGAAGCAAGCUAUGUAUGAUACACCCCGAAGGGAACAGGAGCUGUCUGAUGCAGAGAUUGCUCGGAAGCUGCAGGAAGAAGAGCUCCUGGCUAGCGAGGCAGAUCAGAAGGCAGCUCAAGUAGCCCAAGAUGAGGAAAUUGCUCGGCUCUUGAUGGCUGAGGAGAAAAAAGCUUUCAAGAAAGGGAAGGAGAGAGAAAAGUCUUCCUUUGAAAAGAGGAGGCAUGAUCAAGACUGGAAGCAUGAUGCAAGUGAAUCUACGCGCUCAAGGUCAAAAGAAAGGCCUGAAGCUCAGCGACACAAAGGUGACAGGUCUUCAAGGUCACAGCCUCUCCUUGAUGACUUUGAACACGCUCGGUAUUACACAAGCCAGCCCAGCCCCUUGCGCCAGAUCCCCAAACCUGAGCACUCUCCUAAAGGUUCCCGUAGGAAGCAGUAA